UUGGAUUUGAUUCAGUGAACUCUCAGGUUUUGCAUCAGUAACAUGUAUUCCAAAAUUUUGUCAGUAUUAGCCCUAGCAGCUGUGGCCCAAGCAGGUCUACUGGACUACAAUCAUGGUCACGCUACAUCAUAUGCCUCAUCAAAUCUUGCUGGAUCAGAAAAUGGGCACGGAUAUGCUGCGCCUGUUUUAAGUCAUGCUUAUACUGCUCCAGUAGUCGCUACCCACGGAUAUGCUGCUCCUUCAUUGAGUCAUGGACAUUCUACACACGGUGAUGUAGACUACUAUGCUCACCCCAAAUACGAAUUCAACUACGGAGUUCAAGAUGGCCACACUGGAGACCAUAAAACCCAACAUGAAGUACGUGAUGGUGAUGUAGUUAAGGGCUCUUAUACCGUUGCUGACCCUGAUGGUACUCUUCGUACUGUUCAUUACACCGCUGAUGACCACAACGGUUUCAACGCAGUUGUCGAAAAAUCUGGACAUCCUGUUCAUCCAGCCCCAGCUCAUGGACAUGGAAAGUACUCUUAGCUGCUCCCGCUGUUCAUCAUGCCCCAUUGUACCAUCAUUAAAAUCGAGUAUAGCUUUCGUAUAUUAAACAUUAUUUUGUUUUGUUUUGUUUGUAGAUAGAUUACUGUGUAAUCACUUUUGUACAUAUUAUUAAACAGCAAUUAAUGAAACAA